GACCAAUAUUCAGGCAAGAAGCUCGCCGAGCGAUUCAUUCCAUAAAAUUGGAAGCGAAGUGUCAUCGGGGGUGGACUAGCAAAUUUUCCUGUGAUUCACAAAGUUGUUUUUCGUGAAAAUAGUUAAUUUCUGGAUUUCAAUAGUUAAAUUGUAAAAAUAGUGGGGUGAAAUGGGAGCAGUUUUAGGACUGUGCUCGGCAGCUCAGCUUGCCUGCUGCUGCACUGGGACAGCAUGUUCACUUUGCUGUCAAGCUUGCCCAUCAUGUCGAAAUUCGACAUCAUCUCGUCUCAUGUACGCCCUCAUGUUGUUGCUGGGUGCUAUAGUGAGUGCGAUCACCUUAGCGCCAGGCUUGCAGGAUUGGUUAAAGUCGUUACCGUUUUGUGCAAAUCCGAACGCAACAAGAAUAGCACCGACAGUGGAUUGUACUUCUGCGCUGGGAUACUUAGCCGUCUACCGAAUUAAUUUUGCCCUGGUUUGUUUUUUCGUCUUGAUGGCUGUGAUUAUGAUUGGGGUGAAAACAUCUCGUGAUCCACGAGCACCGAUUCAAAAUGGGUUUUGGGGAUUGAAGUUUCUAUUAGCAAUAGGAAUUGCAAUCGGCGCAAUCUUCAUCCCCGAAGGCAGUUUUGGAAUAGCCUGGAUGUGGAUAGGUUUGAUUGGCGGUUUAUUCUUCAUUCUAGUCCAGUUGGUGCUUAUUAUUGAUUUUGCUCAUUCAUGGGCAGAAACUUGGGUUGGUUAUUACGAAGAAACCCAAUCAAAAGGAUGGUAUGUCGCUUUGCUCACGGUUACUAUGUUGCAGUAUGCACUUUCCAUAGUUGGCAUUUCUUUACUUUUCGUAUAUUAUACCAAGGCUGGUGAUUGUUCCCUCAACAAAUUUUUCAUCUCCAUAAAUCUGAUAUUUUGCUUUGCGGUAAGUGUUGUGUCUAUCCUGCCGAAAGUUCAGGACAAUUUGCCUCGAUCCGGUCUUCUUCAAAGUGCUAUGGUUACUUUAUACACCAUUUUCUUGACAUGGUCUGCUAUAGCCAACAAUCCAGAUACAGAAUGCAAUUCUGGAUUCUUUGGCAUGAACACUGAUCCUGUUAAAAAUAAGAUUAAUUUCGACACAACAAACAUCAUUGGACUAAUUGUUUGGUUGCUCUGUGUGCUGUAUAGCUCAUUGAGAUCAGCAUCGAAAGUUGCACAGGUUACAAUGCCUGACGCUGAAAAGCAAGUAUUAACAGCACCUUUAGCAGAUGAAGGAUCGAAACCAGCUUCUUCUGAAGAUGCCAAAGUUUGGGACAACGAGGAGAAUGGAGUCGCAUAUUCGUGGUCACUCUUCCAUCUUGUUUUUGCUACCGCAACUUUGUACGUAAUGAUGACACUGACAAACUGGUACAAACCAAAUUCAUCUUCUUUGGAAACAAUCAACGCUAACGCUGCCUCCAUGUGGAUCAAGAUCAUAUCAAGUUGGCUAUGUUUGGGAUUGUACACAUGGAGCUUAAUCGCCCCUAUAGUGCUACCAGAUCGUGAUUUCAGCUAAAGUGUUUAUAUAUAACUAGAAAUUAUCCAUACUUACCGAAAUAUUUGAAAUGAGGUCAAAGCACCGAUAUGUUUAAUUAAUUCUGAAAUGAUGGCAUAAAGUAGUGCCGAAGUAACCUCUAGCCGGCCCCGUUUUAUUGAAAUGAAAUGCAAAUUGUCGAAAAGUCGGCAUAGAAUAUGAAAGAACCAUCCCUAAAAUAUGUAGAUAAGGUUUAUGUUUUGUGAUGUUUAUAUUGAAUAAGAAAGAAUUGUCCUAUUUUUAAAAUUACGUUCUAUAUUUUAUUUCAUUUUUUAUUUUGCGUUUUGAUUCAUAUCCCCAACUCAUUUUUAUGUGUGUACGAGUAAAGUGCAUUCCAAAGCGAAAAUUAAAAUGUUAAUCAACUUAUGGCAAAUAAAUUGAAGUUUCUGCUGUACGAAAGGAA